CUUUAAUUUAACAGAAUUCCCCCCCAAAACAAAAUUCGACCCUUUUGCCUCCAUUGUUUGUUGAGUUCCAAUUCUCACUUUCUGUUUCGUAAAAAAUCCAGGUUGUCCGUGCAAUCAAGUUAAAGAAAGGAUUAAUUCAAUUAAAAAGGCGGCUGCCAAAUGUUUGCUUCCGAUAUGAAUCGGGCGAGGGAUGGCGGCAGAGUUUCCACGGCCGGCAUGGUGUUGUUUCCAAUUCAAUUUACAUGGCCAUAUGGUGGAAGAAGUGUCUCUGUUUCCGGCUCUUUCAAUGGGUGGACUGAGCUCGUGGGAAUGUCACAGGUUGAAGGUUGCCCCAAUGUAUUUAAAGCCGUUUGUGCCGUGCCACAUGGUUCUCACGAGUACAAGUUUCUUGUCGAUGGUGAAUGGCGACAUGAUGAACAACAACCUUAUAGGAGCAGCGAAUAUGGAAUGGUUAAUACUUUCGACACUAGGCCUGUACCUGCAGAGGUCAUUCCUCAGCAGCAACUUUCUGCUGUUAUAUUAAAUCAAGUAAUGCCUAGGAUUUCAGAAGAGGAUGUACAGGCUGCCCGCAGUCAAAUCUCUGCAUUCUUGGCAGCACAUACGGCUUAUGAGUUACUACCUGAGUCAGGCAAGGUUGUUGCCUUGGCUGUUGAUUUGCCUGUAAAACAAGCAUUUCAUAUUCUGGCUGAGCAGGGUAUCCCUGUUGCUCCGCUUUGGGACUUCAGCAAGGGGAAAUUUGUUGGAGUUAUUAGUGCUUCGGAUUUUAUUUUGAUUCUGAGAGAGCUUGGAAAUCAUGGAUCAAAUUUAACAGAAGAAGAGCUUGAAACACACACUAUUGCUGCCUGGAAAGAAGGAAAGGCAUACAUGAAUGGGCAAGUUGAUGGACACGGAAGACCAAUUCCAAGACAAAUCAUCCUUGUUAGUGUUUUAAUGCUUUGCCAUGGAUAAUAACUUAAGAAAUGUUGUUAUUUUGCACCUGCAUGUGCAUUUUCUGUUUGUUUGUACAAAUGAAGCAAGUUGCUUCUCCAUUCAUGUUUUUGGUUUGUUAUUGAGGUAGUAUAGACAUAUGCAUACAUAUCCAGGUGUAGUGUGAGUCUAGGUCUGGAUGGUUACCACUAUAACUAGAUAUUUUUUGCUAUGAUGUCGUCCUGGAA